GGCCUCAUUUAGCGGUUGGUGUUUUUGGAGAGAAGAUGGCGGAAUUUAGUGCGCUGAUUGAGACGGUAGCCGCCGUUGUGCCGGUUAUGAUCCUUGCAGAGAUCAAAAAUGUCGUUAUUGUCUUCACAUUUUGCUUUGGUAAGCAUGUUUCUAUAGAUUUGUUUACUACGGGCCUCUGAAGCAAUUUAUGUUUGAAUUUCUGUGAUCAGCUACGUGAAAGUUGGUGGCCACGUGGUGCUUCGUUCAAAUCGCAUUUCUUUGGACGCGUGAUAAUUAUUUCGUAUAUAUAUUAAGAAUAUUCUAGAUCUCGUGGGUGUAAAUUAACCAGCGGGAUUGUGUUAAAAGCAUAAACUUAAAUGUAAGUUCUAAACUGUGUUGAUAUCUAGCAUGAACCGUGCAACCUUCGUUUAAGAGUCCUGCUCUUACUAUAUUUUUUUUUUAGAAUCUAUUCGGGACGUUUUACCAAGUGCAUUACGUAGUGUAUAAGAACUGUAAUGGACGUUGAUUUGUGGAAUUUCUCUUCUAAACUAUUUACAAGCUAGUGUGGUUUAUUGGCUUUCGACUCGAGAAUGCACCUUAAGUAUAUCGAAAUAUGACUCGAGAAGUAGUUGUGAUUUAAGGAAUAUUGUGCCUUUAAAUUGUAAUUAAAAAUGCAGGUUUUGUAUUAUUGAUGCCAUUCCCUAAGCUAUCUGGUACGGCUGGGGUUGCUGUCCGGAGCUGCGCGUGGCAGUCUAUUCCAUCAGCAGCAUCAAAGAGAAUCUCUGCCCCACAAGGUGUGCGGAGGCUGGGCAUAUUCCAUAAACCUUUGGGAGCCCAUUGGGCAGUGAACUUAGGACAAACCAUGCCCUGCACAGCAUAAGUGUGUAAUUGCAGAUUUGCCAAUUACUCUUACAUGAAGCUUUCAUUUUCCCUUUUCUGUGAAUGUGUGGAUCCAAAUGUAAGUGUGCAAUUCUGAAUAUGGUAGUUAAUUGCUGUAGACUUCCAUGUGAGCUUCUUUGCCGAAGUUUUUGUGAUUGAUGUAGGGUUCAUGAGGAUGUCGUGUUGGAUCUAGUUUAGUGUAGAUAGAUAAAUGUUAGGUUUUAAUCUUAUCUUGGAUAUGUAUUGAAUUUCUGUUUCUACUUUGUUCACAGGUUUGCGGGGCUCAUUUAUGUGUAGAGUCACAUAAAAUUGGUAAGAUGCAAUGCCUGUUAUGUUGGACUAGUCCUAUGGAAUGAGAAUCUUGUUUGUGUGAAUAAUGAAUUGUCAAUAUUGAAGUAUAUACCCUUUUUUACAGAUGCUGUGCCUUGUGUGCUGGACUACAAAAUUAUGGAGUUAGUGAUGUGGUAUAUCGGUUUCAACCAGCUUGGUGAUAAUUUGGUGAGAUGGUAUCAUUGGACAGUGAAGGUUGUCUACCGAAAUAGAGGAAAAACUUUGGGCAUUGGCAUAUGA